AUGACACGUGAGUCUGAACAACAAAAACUUGAACUCGCAGAGAUCAGUUCGUAAAUAGAAUAUUCUUAAACAGAAAACCCUUAUAAAUUUCGAGCGGAAUCCCUACCCCCUAUUUUCAAAAAGAAUGAAAAACGAGUCAUUAAAUCCGUCGCAAAUGCCAAGAGCAAAGAACGUUUUCUUGAAUUUCGAGAAAAAUCGCAUACAAUGUUGAGAACUUUUUUUUUUACUUCUCCUUCUCCUUUAUUCUUUUCAAAACAUCACCUUUGCUCUUUUUCAAAAACACAACUUUUUCCACAAAGAAGUCCAAAAGGAGCUUCCUUUGAAUUGAAUCUGCAUAAAUUGUGCCAAUAACGUUGGCCUAAAAGUUUUUUCACAAACUAAACAUUAUAUCGGUGUCCUCUUUCGUUUUCUGCGAAAAUUUAGUGAGUUUGUGAUGUUUGAUGUCUAAAUCAAUGAUCACAAAGAAUAUUGCGGAUUUUUUUAAAGAUUCAAGCGGAAAAAGUGCGAUAUUGUUUUUUAAUUGAAAAAAAUGAUCUUCAAACGUCACGAGAGCAAAAUAUGCUCUUUAAAAACAGAGAUAUAUAAGAUUAUGAUGUUUGUUAGAACAUUUGAAAGAAUGUUAGUCAUACCCUUCUGAGAAUCUCAAACACUUACUCACUUGUGGGAAUUGUAGAAUCUUUGACUUUUAAUAUUUUUUGUCUAUGUUUUGGGAAUUCGUUUAUGAAACUCUAAAAAUGAUCCGACAAUAGUGAAACAUUCAAGCUUUUCAGAAUCUCAAAAUUUAGAAAAAUUUAAGACUAUGUUUUCUCAAUCGAAUGACAUAAAAUUCAUCAGAAAUAUGACUCACUCGGGUAUUUUACCAAUUCAAUUUUUUUUGGAGCCAAGAUACUGAAAACUUGAAAUAUAUUCUAGUCUUGGUGGAUCUUCUUUAUCUUCAACUCAAAGAAAAAUAUUACCAUGACUCUUGUCCAUUUCCGAAUCAUUCAAGAUAAACCUCAAAACUUUUUACACGCAACGAAUUCCCCAGUGAAAUUCUUUGAAAAUUGUCAACGGAAAUCUAAAGGAAAUCCGUCAAGUUUCCGUCUUCUAUUCAUUCGUUUUUUUCUGUGAUUCAACUUCGACAAAAAACUCAUUUGUUUCUGCAAAAACCAUUCGAACCAACUGUUUUCUUUGACGCAAUGAUCUUUGCAAAACAAAUCCCAUCAUUUUUUUCAAUAUAUUUUGUUUCAAGUCAAUGUUUCUUGUUUCAAAAACCUCAAAUUUAAUCAAAUAUUUGUUCAAAAUCUUGAUUCAUAUGUUCUAUCGAAAAACAUGACAUGAUUUUCAAAAGUCAUUUCGUUUCCUCCUUUUUUCCCACUCCAUUUUUCUCUCGCACUAUAAAAUGCGUAGCUCGACUGAAGCUCAUUUUCUUAUUGUCUCUCAUUUUUUCGUACUAUCUCAUCUCGGGAUAUCCCAAUGUCCGAGAAAAAAUUCGAGAGACUCCGAAUCCAUAGAGAGACGCAGAAAGUAACAAAAAAUAGGUGGAGCUUUUGUUUUCUGUGUAGAAGUGAGGCUAGUAGCAAAGAUCUAUUGAGCCAUGACUGGCUGUUAGAAGCUAGAGAAACUGAACCCUUUUCUACUGCUCCAUCUUCCCUAUCUUCUUCUUCCUCUGAACACUUUUUUGUAUAUGUCUCGCAAAAAUGUGUGUUUUCUCUAAAUCUCCGACAAAUGUUCCAUCCCUCAAUUUUUUUCGUGCUCAAUAAAAAUUCGGCAUUUCUGAGUAGACACAUUGUAUAAGUUGAAGAGACGAAGACAAUUUUCCUUCUUUUCAGCUGCGCGCAUUUUUUUGAGUUAUUUUUUUUUUGAAAAGUGAAAAAAAGAAGAGAAUUAGUCAAUAGACUCUUCUAAUUUAAUGUUUUCUUGGGUGGUCCGAUUUAGUUUGAAUAUAAAAAAUAAUUGAGACGUCUACCGUAUUUUCUAAGAAAUUCCUAUUUCUUAUUUGUUGUUUUCCAUUUUUGCCACAGAAUUCAAUUGCCUCGUAAUUGCUCUAGGUUUUUGCUUACUUACUUACUUACUCACUUUUUUUGUUUUCGGGAUAAAAUUGUAUUUUCUGUUAUUUUCUGACACGAUGUUUGAAUUCUCAUUUCAUUACCAAAUUUUUUUAGAGCCAGUCAUUUCAAAAAUUGAUUUUUCUCAUCCAAUUUUUAUAAAUUCUUUUUCUCCUUUGGGGGAUUAUCUUUUUUUCGACUAUUUCUAUUCAACACAUUUUUCGAUUUCCAUUUUUUCAUGUAUCUACAUUGUGAGAAAUAAUGAAAUAUGAAUAAAAUACGGUAAUGGGCGGAGCUGAGAAAUCUCUAACAUAAGGGACACCGCCCUUUCUUUCAAUAACAAACAAUGUUGUCUUAUUGAGCAAAGCCAAUAUAGUUUGGACACUUAUACGAAUUUCCUGUCUUAUUAAUAUGAGUGUAAUGUUUGACAGAUAUAACUAAUGACAUCAUUUAUAUUUCCGCUUUUUUACUACUAACGAAGACAUAACCUAAUUAGUGAGUUUUUUUCAGAAGUCCGAAAAAGAAUGCACGCAUCACUUUUUGAAGUCACUACACGAGAGCAUUUCGCCAGAGUUAAGGCGUUGACUUCAAAACAUAUUGAAACUAUUUAUUUUCCAUUUUCAAUUCAAACCGAGAUUGAGAAAAGGUAAUAUCCAAAUUUGUUUAAAAUAAUUUCGAACAAUUCAACAAUUUCCAGCUUUCCUGAAUCUCCAAUUCGUCUUUUUGUUUAUCCAUGUGUGGCAAACCCAAAAUAUGUCUUCAUGUUCAAAAACAAUCUAUACAUCAAGCCAUAUUGUGCUAUCGCCUUGUUCCCAGACCACCAAAUCGAUCGUCUUGAAAUGAUUGAUCUUAUUUGCGAGUUCAGGUAAAUCUUAAAGCCCCCAAUUCUCAAUGUAUCUUCUUCAUCAUCUCUCAGAACACGUGUAUUCGGUACAAAACGUCAAGCUCAUCUUAUGAUUGCCGAGGAACUCAUCAUUAAACUGGUUCGCUCUUUUUUUCAUGAAAAAUUUGAAAAAUGCUCAAAAACUAAUAUCUUUUCGUUUGAAAAAUGGUGAAAUUCGAUAUUUUCCCGCGUUUGAAAAAACAACACCAAAUGUUUUGUCCAAUAUACUUUAACUAAUCUUCAUCAACGGAAAUGUUACAUAUUUCCUUGACAUAAGGAGACAUGUCCUAGGAUUACAGUAAUUUUUCCGUUUUUCUAAGAAUAAUAUAAUCUCUUUCAUGCGUUACUAACAUAUUAUUUAUUCUCAUUAACAUAAAAAAUAUACAUAUUUACUUCAAGAAAAGCCACAAGCAUAAUGUUAUAUUUUUCAGUAUGGUGUUGCUAUGCGAAUGGGAUCAACAGAUUGGAAUCAUAGUGAUUUGAAACUCUCACUUUUUUAUAUGACAGAUUCCAACAAAAAGAUUGCUAUGAAAUCACAACUUCCAAAAUUGCCAAUGGGUUAUUAUUACGAUGAUGUGAGUGUUGAUCGAGAACCACAUCCAUUAAAUAUUCUACAUUUUUUUAGAUCGAUCCAAGUGAAGAAGCAGAGCAUGUAAAUAACACUUGGAAACAUGCGGGGCCAGGAGAUCUUGAGCAAACUACGUAAGUUUAUGACAAAUUAUCUUUUCACUCGUUGCUAGGGUCUGAUGUUAUAAUAACAGGUGUUUUUCUCACAUUCAGAAUUCAGAAAGGGCAAGCUUAUUAUUUCUUAAAGAUUGUUUGACAAAAGAAGAAAGAAUAAGAAAAAAUAAUUUCAGGGCUAAACUCAAUCGUUUGCCAUCUUCGUGUAUUCGAUUUGAUGGACAACCGGUUGCAUUUGAAAUGAUUGAUCCAGCGGGUUUUUUCAAUAAUCAAUAUGUUUUUGAAGAUCAUCGUAGAAAGGGUUUGGGAAAUGCUGUUGAAAUCGAUCUUAUCCAAAAAGCCAUACGGUUGGUAAACCUAAAAUAAAAAACAAACAACUGGGAACUAAUAAAUUUAUUUCAGCUCAGGAAUGUCGCCAUUCAAAACCGUUGCCAAUGACAAUCAUAUUGUCCUCGAGGCAUCGGUUGCAAGCAAAUUUUGGACUCAAUGGUGUGACAAGCAAUCUGGAAAACCACAAUCGAUUGUCUUCCAAACUUGGGAAAUCUGA